GCUAGCUUUAGCCUAGAGACGGGGUGCCCCAGAAAGAAGGGAAUCCAAAGGCGAUAAAUAGUUGAGGAACAAGAAAAGAAAAACGAAGAGAGAGAAAAUAAAGCAGAGAAAGACCCGCACAUGCCCACAAAUAGCGAUGAAAAUUCGAGUCUUGAGAGGCUGACCAAAACUGUGAGGAGAGACAAAGCAGAGAAGAGCAUGAGCGAAAGCCAUGAGAAAUCCUUGAAAAAACAAAGGAGAAAUAGAAUGGGAGACGCAAAAGCAACCCACAGUUUGAAAUUUUGAAGAGAGGAAGAGAGAGAGAGGAAAACAAAGAUGGAGAAAACAGAAAAAGGUGUGGAGAGAGAAGGAGAAAAGCAAGAAUUCAUGGUGAAAAAGUCGAAACGCGGGAUCCUGGUAGGGAAAAGAGCUGGCCCCUCUACUCCUUCACCUACCUGGAGACUUGGGUUCUCUUCUCAAAAUGCCACUACUCAAGACUUCCUCCAACUUCCUACUGGACCUUCUAUAUCUGCUAGAAAACUCUGUGCCAACCUUUGGGAACUUCAACCUCACUACCCACUUCCCAAUAUGCGCAAAGGAACUGCCAAGCUUCGCCUUCACAAUUUUAAAGACAAGGGUUUUGACGCUGAUGUUGAUCCUCCUGAUACUUCCCUUGAUCAGCCAGCAAGUGCAAGUAGCUUGAGGAGGCAUAUUGCAGCAUCACUGAUGCAACACCAUCGAUCAGUUGAAAGAAAUGGUCAUGCUCUACAGCCUGUAUCUCCAGCAAGUUGUGGAAGCUCACUGGAGGUGGCUCCAUAUAACCCUGCAAUGACACCAUCUAGUUCUUUGGAUUUUAAGGGAAGGGUUGGGGGAUCAGGUUAUAGCCUUAAGACAUCAAUGGAGUUGCUCAAGGUACUCAACCGAAUCUGGACUCUUGAAGAACAGCAUGUAUCAAACAUGUCAUUGGUAAAAGCUCUGAAAAUGGAAGUGGAUCAUUCUCGGGCCCGGAUCAAAGAGUUGCUGCAAGAGAAGCAAACAGAAAGGCAAGAAAUGGACAAUCUGAUGAAGCAAGUUACAGAGGAUAAACUUGUUAGGAAGAACAAGGAGCAAGAUAGGAUCAAAGCUGCCAUUCAGCCAGUGAGAGAUGAGCUAGAAGGUGAGAGGAAGUUAAGAAAGCGCUCUGAAAUCUUGCACCGAAAGCUAGUUCAAGAACUCUCUGAGGUAAAAUCUUCUUUUGCUAAUGGAUUGAAAGAAUUUGAGAGAGAGAGAAAAGCACGAAUUCUACUGGAGAAUCUAUGUGAUGAAUUUGCUAGGGGAAUAAGAGAAUACGAACAGGAGGUGCGGUUCCUAAAGCACAAGCAUGAGAUUGAUCAAGUUGAUGGGGAAAACCCUGAGCGGCUAAUUCUCCAUAUUUCAGAGGCAUGGCUUGAUGAGCGGAUGCAAAUGAAGCUAGCUGAAGGUCAAACUGAUCCUGCUGAAAAGAAUACAAUUGUUGACAAGUUAAGCCUUGAUAUAGAAACUUUUCUUGAAGCUAAACGCUCCAUUGGAUCAAGCAAAAGUGAACUUAAAGAGAAUUGCUCACACCGACAUUCUUUAGAGUCCUUUCCGUUAAAUGAGGCUGUUAGUGCACCUCAGGGUGCAGCUGACGAAGAAGGAUCCAGUAAUAGUGACUCACAGUGUUAUGAACUGAACAAAACUGCAAACAAAGUCCAAAACAAAGGGAGCUGUAAGCUUCAUGGGAACAAUGCUUUUGUAAGUCAUCCUGAAGAAUUACGAAAUCCAAUUUCGACAAGGAAAAAGGUGGGGUCUCAGGAUGCCAUCAAGGGCACUAAAUUGCAUGGUUUGCGAGGGCAGUUUGAUGAACAAAUGGCUACUGGAGAAUGUAUACAUGAUACAAGAUAUAAACGUAAUGGAAACCAUGGAUUGAGCUCAAGUCAUGUGCUUGAUAGCUUAAUCAGAAAUCCUUCAUUGUCCUCAGAAGGUGACAAGGUUCAUCCUGAGAGUAGCUUGAGGGAAGAUUCAUGUGUUCAAUCUGUAUUUAAAGGCCGUGCUAGUCCAGUUCGACAAUGGGUAUCAAAGUUGAAAUCUCCAGAUUUUGAAAAAUCUGAUUCUUGUCUGAAAUUGCCUCGGGGUGUUAAGGAGAAUACCUUGAAAGCAAAACUACUAGAAGCAAGACUAGAAAGCCAGCAGUCCCGCGCAAAAGCUUCCAAGGGGUCCACAUAGGUUGAUGUUAGAUGUGGCUGGUGGAGACUCUCGAUGGCGAAAGAUCUUCCCUGAGAGCAGAGACGGAGGAUUAUGGUGCUAGUUUAUAGAGAUUGUACAUAACUUUUUUUUGCCUGUAAUAUUGGAAUUAAAUAUGUAAUGAGAAAUUAAAUGUUAUCGUGCGAUAGCAUGGAUCAACUAGAAUGCUGCUUCUUCAUAACUUGAUUACCAUCAUCGCCAUCCAGUCUUUCUAGAUUAUAACAUCUGCAAAAAUACUCUUCAGCUGUUAGUUUCUCGGCUAGCCACGCUCAUAAAUGGCCACUCGUUCAGGAACCAUUUGUUUCUAGAAUUACUAUGAUCUGGUAAUGCCAAAGAGAUGAAAUAGUUAGCGCAUGAAAUUGGUUUAUUAUGACAAUUUCCCUCUUUCAGUGAUUGCUGACGUUCGUGCGGAUUUUAUAAAUUGUUUGAUAACCAGUGCGCGGAUAUAUUCGGUGCAGCAUCUUAUUAAUCAAAAACAUCUGAAAUUUGAUGGUAUUUUGUUGCU